CACUGCGACUUGCUACGCCACUGAUUUCAAGAGUAUAAUGACGUUGUCAUCGCAAUAUGAUGAUGGCAUGUCUGUGUAUAUUUUCCAAUAACCUAACGACGUAAUGUUUUAGUUUAUAGAUAGUACAGUGAUGGGGCUGGCUUGGCCUGCCCAGGUGCGACUUUUGCACUUGGCCAUAUUCGUUUUGGCUCUGUUGACGCUAUGCAUUUGCUUGUCGUACACAAGCACGAGCCAGCUUCACACGACCUCGUCGCCGAUUCGAAGCCUCAUGACGUCCGAUCGCAUGUUCCAGGUGGCACCCAACAUGACCGCCGGCGGGACAGGUGGCAGCAGUGGCGAAGACACAGGAGGAGGAGGAGGAGGAGGAAACGCACAGCCCUCGGUGACGGCCCAGAGCAAUAAUAAUCAUAGUGUAAAUAGUAUUAGCAGUAAUAGCAGCGAGCCUGAUUUGACUCGAGGUGUAGCAGCGGAACUAAUUUACCAGUCCGGUCAUGUCGACGUUUCAGAGCAAGUUUGUCCGGAGUUGGGCGGCAAUUUGAAGUUGCUUAUAUGCGUAACAUCGGCGCCGAGCCAUCAAAGCGCCCGGCUGGCGAUUAGGGAGACGUGGGGGCAUUACGCGAUGAGAAAAGACAUCGCCAUCACGUUCAUGCUCGGCUCGACGUCGAACGAAACGAUCAACCGGCAACUCGAGGAAGAACAAACGCUAUUCGGCGACAUAAUCCGCGGCAAAUUCGUCGACACCUACGACAACUUGACGCUGAAAACCAUCUCGCUGCUCGAAUGGGUGGACAAUUACUGCCCGAAAGCCGCAUACGUACUUAAAACGGACGACGACAUGUUCAUCAACGUGGCGCGUCUGCUGCAGUUCAUGUCGAAGCACAAGCCCGAUCAGCGCGCCAUCUACGGUCGACUAGCGCAAAAAUGGAAGCCGAUCAGGAACAAAAAGUCCAAGUAUUAUAUAUCGCCGCAACAAUACAAGCCGUCGGUGUUCCCGGAUUUCACCACAGGUCCGGCCUACCUGUUGCCCGCUCAAAUAUCCAAAGAAUUGUACACCGCCGCGCUCAAUCACACCUACUUCAAGCUCGAGGACGUCUUCGUCACCGGCAUCGUGGCCAACGGCCUCAAGAUCAAACGGGUGCACGCGUCCGAAUUUCUCAACAAAAAAGUAUCAUUUACCACUUGCAAUCUGCAAAAGGCAAUCAGUUUUCAUAUGGUCAAAGCCAACGAACAAUACGAUUUAUGGAAAAGACUGCACGAUGUGACCAAGUGCAAAACGUAAGGCAUUCCUACCUCCCUAUUUAUGGGCGGAAGUCCCAUCAAAUCACCCAACUACCAUCAAUCAAUCUACUAUCCAGUCAUGCCAUACUUCUUUUACAAACAGCAGAACGCAAAAAAAUAGGCUAAACAAAUUCAGGAAAAAAUUAUGUCAAAAUCUUAUCAUGCAAAUCAAAUCCAAUUUCGCUAUCAAAUGUUCAAGCAUAUAUAUGAAAAUAUUGAUUUCAUGCCAAUGUAUGAUCAAGUAAAAAAAAAUUAAUGCAUUUAGUCAUGGCAUUUGAGAUUAGAUUGCAGUUGUUAUGGUAUUUCCUUAUGACAAGACUAGGUACUAUUGAUAAUAUUGUAUGCAGGACCCAUAUUUAAACUUAAGUUUAGUAGUGGGAAACGAUAUUUAUACAAUCACAUACAAAACAUCAUUUUCUUAUUAAAGAAUGUAUUAAUUUUUAUUACUUGUGGAACAGAAAUAUUACUUUGAUCUCUUAUCAUUGAACAUGCUCAUUUGUUCUAGGAUUUAAUGAACAAUAUUUUAUGUAUUAUUUUUGUAUUAAAUUAUUUAAUAUUUUGUCAAAGUAAAUUAUUCUUAAAAAGGGCAUCACAAAACAAAGAUUUCUUAAAUAUUUAAGCUGUGAACCUGUAAUAGUAUAGAUUAAUUUAUAUAAAUACAAAAAGUAUUUUG